GAAGCACGAGUACUCCAUUCUUGCCAGAGUACCGGUACGUACUGGUAUGUACCCAACAAAUUUUGCAAACAAAAAAAAACGGGUAUGUUGGUGGAUAUGUGGAGUACGUUAAUGGGUAUAGAAAAGGGAAAAUUUUUUGCCAAAACCAGUGAAGGAUAGGUUUUAUUUUGGGCCUAAAAUCAACCUGACUUUCUCCCAAUUUUUGCAGUUUACCCUCCACUUUCAGCCUCCAAACCGUGCUUCCCAACUUCUGCAAAACUCCUCCCGUCCUCCAUCAAUCUUCCAACCUCAAGCACCUCUGUCAUCCUCAACCUGCAGCAACUAUUCAAUCUAGCGUCCAGCGUACAGCAGCCAACGCAUCCAGUAGCUGCAGCUGCAGCGGCCAACGUUCGGCGUCUAGCACCCAGCAACGGCGGCGACAUCCAGGGCAGCGUCCAGCAGCGGCGGCGGCUUCCAGCAGCGGCGGCAGCGUCCAGCGUUCGACAUCCAGCGUCCAGUAGCAGUAGCGGUGUCCAGCGUCCAAACCCCUUCCAACCUGCACACACCACUCCAUUCAGCCUCCACUCCAACCUACGCAAAACUCCAUCCAGCCUUCCAACCUCCCACACAUCACUUCCAUCCUCAGCUGUGAUUCAUCUUUGCUCUCUAUCUCUACUCUCCAUCUCUGCUCUAAGUUUUCUUGUGGCUCCCUUAUUUUCAUAUUCAAGUAUUAAGACAAGGGAAGAUCCAGAACGUACUUGUUCUUAUCCUGUGGCAUAUUGAUACUUCUUUUGGAACUUUACCAAAUAAAGUACGAUGUAUAGUUUUAAAUUACAUUCUGCAACUGCAAGAUUGCAGUUUGUAAGGUCUUCACAACCAAAUUGUGCCAGCAAUUGCAGACCUACAAUAUUAGGGUUUGGAAGGUCUUCACAACCACAGAGUGCCCGCAAUUGCUUCCCUAUAUGCGUGCAAUUUUCCACAAAUUCAACAAUUGCAACACAAUUGCAACCACAACCAGAACCAAAAUUUAAAGCAACGGUCUAUGAUGUUUUUGUUAGCUUUAGAGGCAAGGACAUACGUCAAGGUUUUCUUAGCCAUUUGAUUGAGGCUUUUCCUAGAAAGCAAUUACAUGCCUUUGUAGAUGAUAAGCUUGAAAGAGGAGAUGAAAUAUCAUCAUCACUUCUUGGAGCAAUUGAAAGAUCAUCCAUUUCUCUAAUCAUAUUUUCAAAGGACUAUGCUUCUUCGAGGUGGUGUUUGGAAGAACUUGAAAAAAUUGUUGAGUGUAAAGAGAAAUAUGGACAAGUUGUAAUACCUGUCUUUUACAAUGUAGAUCCCACAAAUGUGAGACAUCAAACAGGGAGUUAUGAAAAUGCACUUGUUGAACAGGAAAAAUAUUAUAAUUCAACCAAGGUGAAUAUUUGGAGAAGUGCUUUGAACAAAUCUGCUAACUUAUCAGGAAUUAAUUCAUCAGCUUUUCGGAAUGAUGCCGAGCUACUUCAAGAAAUUGUCAAAACCAUUGAUCUUCAACUGAUAAGGAUGGGUAAGCACCCAGUGCACUCCAAAGGACUUAUAGGAAUUGACAAAACUAUUGUACAUUUAGAAUCAUUGUUACGUGAAGAAUCAAAACAUGUUCGUGUGAUUGGAAUUUGGGGUAUGGGUGGUAUAGGUAAAACAACCAUUGCAGAAGAAAUCUUUAACAGAACAAAUUUUGAAUAUGAAGGUUGUUGUUUUUUGGCAAAUGUAAGGGAAGAAAUAGAAAGACAUGGAAUAACUUCUGUGAAGACAAAACUUUUUGCUACACUCUUAACAAGUGAUGUGAAAAUUGACACGGCAAAUGCAUUGCCCACUUAUGUCGAGAGAAGGAUUGGUCGUAAGAAGGUUCUUAUUGUUCUUGAUGAUUUGAAUGAUUCAGAUCAACUAGAAAAAAUAAUUGGAAAUUAUGAUCAAUUUGGAUCAGGUAGUAGAAUCAUUGUAACAACUAGAGAUAAACAAGUGCUAAUUGCUAACAAUGUUGAUGAUGUAUAUGAGGUUAGGGUAUUGAGCAACAAUGAUGCACUUGAUCUUUUCAAAUUGAAAGCCUUUAACCAAAAUCAUCUUGGAGUGGAGUAUUAUGAACUAUCAAAGAGGGUGGUCAAUUAUGCCAAAGGCAUUCCUCUAGUUCUCAAAGUUUUGGGUCAUCUUCUUCGCGGAAAAGAUAAGGAAGUUUGGGAAAGUCAGCUAGACAAACUUAAAAGAAUUCCAAGUAAGAAAGUUCACAGUGUAAUGAGAUUGAGUUAUGAUGACUUAGAUCGCGAAGAGCAAAAGAUUCUUUUAGAUAUUGCAUGUUUCUUCAGUGUAGUCAAUUUGAAAGUGGACUUCAUAAAAAGUUUACUAAAAGAUUGUGAAAGUGAUAAUUCAGUGACUGCUGGGUUAGAAAGACUCAAAGACAAAGCUCUUAUAACUAUUUCUGAAGAUAGUGUGGUAUCUAUGCAUGAUAUUAUCCGAGAAAUGGCAUGGGAAAUUGUUCGCCAUGAAUCUAGUGAUGGCCUAGGAAAUCACAGUCGAUUGUGGGAUCCUAAUGAGAUUGGUGAUGUUUUAAAAAAUGACAAGGGCAGCGAGGUCAAUAGAAGCAUAACAACGCGAUUGUCAACAUUGAAGAACCUGAAUUUAAGACCUCAUGUUUUUGCUAAGAUGUGCAAACUCCUAUUUUUGGAUUUUCAUGAUGAAAAAUUUUUGGAUUUUCAUAGAACCGAUAAUGCACCCUCCAGGGAUCUUUUUCCACAAGGGCUUCAAUCUUUGCCAAAUCAACUAAGAUAUCUCCGUUGGAUAUGUUAUCCUUUGAAAUCCUUGCCUGAGCAAUUUUCUGCUGAGAAACUUGCUAUCUUAAACUUGUCACAUAGCCAUGUGGAAAAACUUUGGCAUGGAGUGAAAAAUCUGGUGAAUUUAAAAGAAGUUAAACUUCAUGGUUGUGAGUUCCUCCAAGAGCUUCCAGACUUUUCAAAAGCUAUAAAUCUAGAAUUACUGGAUAUCAGUGGUUGUUAUCAGCUGAGUAGCGUGCAUCCAUCUGUUUUGUCUCUGGACAAGCUUGAGAAAUUGAAAAUAUUCAACUGCACUUCCCUUACCAAACUUUCUGGUGACACUCAUUUAAGCUCCCUCAGUUGUCUCAGUCUUCGCUACUGCAAAAACCUGCAAGAAUUCUCAGUGACAUCAGAGAAUAUGAAUUUACUAGAUUUAUCAUGGACUCGCGUCAAUUCAUUGCCCUCGUCUUUUGGACGUCAAAGCAAGCUUGAAAUUCUUGUUAUAGAAGGCAGUGGCAUUAAGAGCUUGCCUUCAUCCAUUGAGAAUCUCACAAGACUGCACUAUCUUGAUGCACGUAGUUGUUUCAAGCUUCAAAUUCUGCCAGAGCUUCCACCAUCCCUUGAAACUAUAAAUGCUUGUAAUUGCAUAUCACUAAAGACUGUAUUGUUCCCUUCAACAUCUGCUAAACAGUUCAAGGAAAACAGGAAAAGUGUUCUGUUCUGCAAUUGCUUGAAAUUGGAUGAACAGUCUCUCACAGCAAUUGGGUUAAACGCGCAAAUCAACUUGAUGAAAUUUGCAUACCAACACUUCUCUGUCUUAGAUAAUGAUCACAUAAAAAAUUAUGGCUUUUACAAUCAUAGUUAUCAUUACUAUCAGGCUGUGUACAUGUAUCCAGGAAGCAGGAUUCCAGAGUGGUUGGUGUACAAGACAAUGGAGAAGGAUCAUGUAAUUGUUGAUCUUUCUUCUGCUUCACCUUCUCCACUGUUGGGCUUCAUUUUCUGCUUCAUCAUUGACGAGGACUUAGACAUAAAGGAUCAUACAUUGAAGCUUAACAUCAAUAUUAGUGAUGAGAAUGAAGGUAACAAGGGCAGUAUUGAAAUAUACACUUCUCUGCCAUUGAGGACGAUCACAUCGGAUCAUGUGUGUGCGUUGUAUGACCGAAGAUGUUCUUGCUACCUAAAUAGCAUAGCCAAAACUCUGUCCAAAUUCAAAAUCAAGGCCACAGCAUGGGCUACAAGCAGGGGUGCGAAAUAUGAUAGCACAUUUAAAGGUAUAGGCAGUUAUAAGGAAUCUAGAACUCCAAACUGGUUGGAAUUAAAAGGGUUUGGGGUCAGCCCAAUAACCACCUCAGCAUGUAACAACUUCAUUCAACAAAUGGAAUUGACUGAUUAAAUAUCUCAAUUUAUCUUAACAAAUGGAGUUGGGUUUUCCCUUCCAUCGUUCUAUGUAUUUCCUUUUGUGCUUAAAGAUGUAAAGAUUUCGAUUUGGAAAAAAAAUCUGUUCUUUCAUGUAACAAUAAUUGAGUUGGUAACAACAUUCAAAUUAUCAACAAAAGUUCAAAUAAUUUAUU